AUGACGAUACACAGUCUAUACAUCUACGAUAGGCACUGUGUCUGUGUAUUUUACCAGGAUUGGCAUCGUACCAAAAGGCCCAAACCUGCAGUUGAAGGGGGCAUUCUUCCUGCAGUGUCUCAAGCAGUCUCCCCAAGCCAGCAAAACCCAAAUGAUGGGAACUUGACACUAUCCUCGAGUUUUAGCAGUCCUCGAAAUACCCUUUCGUCAACUACUGGAAUUGUGGUUGCAAUGAAUGACGGCAAUCAGUUGCCCAACGCACCUCAGAUGCAACUGUCUACAGGAUCAACGGUAUCGUCGAGCAGUGGGUUACCGUUUGACGAAGAAGCGAAACUAGUCUACGGUGUUGUCAUCUCAUUAAGGAACAUGAUCAGAAAACUGUCGGGCAGAGACGAGCAAUUUGUGAACUAUCGCACCUCUGCGUACAAACUACACUUGUUUGAAACAAUCACCGGCUUCAAAUUUGUGAUGCUCAGCGACCCCAAGACGGAUUCACUACGAUUUGUAUUACGUCAAAUAUAUGUUGGUCCUUUCCUGGAGUAUGUCGUUAGAAACCCACUGGUAAAGAUGGAUUCAAGAGAACAGGGCAUUGAUAACGAAUAUUUUCGUGCAAGCGUAGACAGGCUAAUAAGAGGCCUCUCCGUAUUUCUAUGA